UUUUUCUUGUUUCUAUCUCAAAAAAGCAAAAAAAAAAAAGAAAAGAUAAAAAAGAAGCCCAACAAAGAGUGAUUCUGAAGAGAAACAAAGAGAAAGAGAAAGAGGGACAGAGAGAAAGCCUCUCAAAUCCUAGAUCUCUCUUUGCUUUCUCUUUGGAAACCCAAAGUACCAUAUCAAAAAUUUCUAAGAAAAAUGGUGCAGAAAUCAUUGAUCUACGCGUUUGUAUCUCGUGGGGAAGUUAUUCUAGCGGAGUACACUGAAUUCAGUGGGAAUUUCAAUUCCAUAGCUUUUCAAUGCCUCCAAAAGCUUCCUUCUUCCAACAACAAGUUCACUUACAACUGUGAUGGCCACACCUUCAAUUACCUUGUUGACAAUGGCUACACAUAUUGUGUUGUUGCAGAUGAGUCAGCUGGAAGGCAAGUACCAAUUGCUUUCUUGGAGCGUAUCAAGGAUGAUUUUGUGUCAAAAUAUGGUAGUGGAAAGGCUGCUACAGCUCCUGCCAACGGCUUGAACAAGGAAUUUGGGCCAAAACUAAAAGAACAUAUGCAGUACUGUGUGGAGCAUCCUGAAGAAAUAAGCAAGCUUGCUAAGGUUAAAGCUCAGGUUUCAGAAGUCAAAGGUGUUAUGAUGGAGAACAUUGAAAAGGUGUUAGAUAGAGGGGAAAAGAUAGAGCUGCUAGUGGAUAAGACUGAGAAUCUUCAUCAACAGGCUCAAGACUUUCGAAGUACUGGGACAAAAAUCCGAAGAAAAAUGUGGCUGCAAAACAUGAAGAUCAAGCUGAUUGUUCUAGGAAUACUGAUUGCCUUGAUCCUCAUCAUUGUCCUCUCUGUUUGCCAUGGUUUCAACUGUGGAAAAUGAAUGCUGUUCUUGAAUCGGCUUAUUAGCUUGAGCUUUUGUGAUAAUAUUGUGAGGGGAAAGAUAAAAAAUAUAUUAAAAUGACUUCCUCUGUCAUAAAAAAUUAGCAGUCACCAGAUGUUUGGUGCAAGUUAUUUUUGAAUGUGAGCAGACCCUAUAAGUUUUUAUUGUAUUACAUGAAUGUGCUUUUGCAACAAUCAUAUUGGUUGUUUACCAUCCAGCUUCACAGUUAGUUGGCACAUUUUUGGCCUGGA